ACAGGUACAAUUUGUAAUAAAAUACAAAGAUAAUUAUAAACCAAUACCUCAACGCUUGUUUCGCCCACGAACCUGUUUAUCUGCUUCCAAACCAAACGAAACUCCUCUGCGGUUUCCAUUCUUUGUCUUCUCCACUUUCAAUUUUUUUCAUCAGGUAGAAAACCUAGGAAAAAAAUGGAAGUUGCGGUGGCGAAAGCGUUGAAACCGAGUCUUCAGACAGAGUUUGUUUUCUCCCAGGAAAUUCGCAACGAGAUUUUGUGCCUGAACGCAAACAACGUUGUUGUCGGUGAGGAUUUUUCUGUCGAUGAUUUGCUUGACUUUUCCAAUGGAAAAGAAAUGGAUGAUUAUGAAGAGGAGGAAGAGGAAGAGGAAGAAGAGAAAGGUAGCACCGUCUCAGGAGGAUCACAGGACCGAAUAGAAGAAGAUAGCAAUUCCAAUUCCACCGCCGCCGGUGACUAUGACUCCAUUUUUGCCGGCGAAUUGGCGGUUCCGGCUGAUGAUGUGGCGGGCCUGGAGUGGGUUUCUCACUUUGUCGACGAUUCUCUCCCAGAGCUUUCUCUUCUGUAUCCUGUCCGGGCCGAGCAAACACGGGCCCGGGCCGAACCGGAAGCUAGACCAGGCUCAGACCGAGCCCCUUUCCCUUUCCGCACCAAGCCGAGAACUACCAGGACUCGAAAGCCCAUUGGUCACGUGUGGUCGUUUAACCCCAUGGGGUUUUCCUCGAUGGCGCCACCUCUCUCCGGCGAGGGGUUCCGUCAGCCGCCGAUGAAGAAGCAGAAGAAAAAGCCCGAAGCCCAGGACCAUACAGGUGGGCCUCAGUUUCAGCGAAGGUGCAGCCACUGCCAAGUGCAGAAAACACCCCAGUGGAGGGCCGGCCCGCUGGGCCCGAAAACACUAUGCAAUGCUUGCGGCGUCCGGUUCAAGUCCGGUCGGCUUUUUCCGGAGUAUAGACCGGCCUGUAGCCCAACUUUCUCUGGUGAAAUUCACUCUAACAGCCAUCGCAAAGUGCUGGAGAUGAGGAGAAGGAAGGAGACGGCUGAACCGGUUUCCGGUUUGGAUCAGGCUCGAAUGGUUCAGAGUUUUUGAAGUAGUUUAGCCUAGACUAGGUUUAGGUGAACUAACCGGUCUAGCCCGGUUCGUUUUUUGUAACAUAGUGAAUUUACUUUAGUGGUAGUCAGCGAGCUAGGCAGGUAAAACGGACAUUAGGAAAAAAGCAGUGAUUUGAUUGUUUGUGUCCCAUGUUUCCUGGCGCUGUUAAUUUAUUUGAAUGAAGAGAGUUUUUAAUGUGAGGCCAUCUUGGCCUUCUAAA